GUCAGUGCUAAAGUUGUUCGACGUCGAGGAUGGGGGAUAUGAUGUCCGGGUAUCUUAAACCAAGUGCUAAACGAAAGACACAGUCUCCUGAAUCACCAGGUAUCAUUUCAAUCAUUUCCGGUGUGUCAUUUUAGUUUCAUACAGCGUAUUGAUCAGUUUUUAUAUACUUUUUGUGGCCAUCCAUGGCUAGGGGUUCGGAUCAGACACUCAGGUAUUCAAGUUUUCGGGAACCGCGUUUUCUGUACUCUGGUAUAGGGUACCUUUUAGGCAUAUAUCUUGUCACAAUAUGGGUAUGAAUUAUUUCGUUUUUUAUGCAGUUUUGCUCUAUGGUGUACAGGCAUAAGUCUGUAUCUAUGUAUAUGAUAAUUAAGAGUAGGUAUCUUUAGUGAAAGUUUUAACUAUUUUGACAAGGGUACUGUACUUUCUCAUGCCUCAUGAGGAAAAAGUCAGGUCGAGAAGUUUCUCUCCACCCCCAUUCCCACUUCCCUGGCCAGGUCCGGGAAGUCCAUGAAAUGUCAUCCUGUAUGUUCAGUUAAAAUCACUCGAUCAUAACCUUCGGGGCAGUUGCAUUCUUUGAAGAACCAGGAAAAGCAGAACCGGCACAAUUCCGAUUCAGUGAGAUGCCAAUGCAGCAGAUUAAAAUGUUUAGGCUUACAGUAUUGCCGGGUUCGUACUCACAAAACCGUGCAGUGUGUAAAAGGCACAGUCUCCUGUAUACACCAUAUACGACAAUUUGAGUGACACUUGAUAUUGAAUUGUUCACUUUCUCAGACAUUACUUUGUCACAUAAUAGCAUACAAUAAUACCUGCCUAAUAUACAGGAGCAUUUGUGGUAAUCAACAAAACAUCCUUGAACUGAUUUGAAAAAAUGUACAUUAUUAAAGGCAUGUAAUGUAUCAGUGGAUUGGAAAAUCCAACAUUAGGGGGACAUGCACAGUUUGUAUUCAUCUCUCACCAUUAGGGUCAUGCUAAAUUACCUCCAUACGCAUGUCGGUCAAUCAGUUGGCUGGGUAGCUAGAUAAUAAAUUGUUAAUGAAUGAGGUUUUGUGAUAUCCAGAAUAAUCAAGGUCAAGGUAUGGGUUAUACUGAUCAACCUAGACUGAUAAAUAAAGGUUAACUUUUUUUAUAUUUUUACGGGUUUGCUUUUUUCUUUGCUUUGCCUGGAAGGCCACUGAAAAAAAUCUGAAUAAUGACUGUUAUGAGCAUAAUAAUUGUUGAGUGCAAAGCCGUAAUCAAAAAUCCGAAUCAAAAUGCAGAGUGAAUCAUCUAAUUGUUUUUGUAAUAAUUUACAAGUCUCUCAAAACUUGAUAACAUCAGACAGGAUGGUGUUUUUUUUUUGGUUUUGUUUACAACCACACAGUGUUUGGUGCAUGUACCUCCUUUACUCUCAAUCAAUCAUGGAAUAGGUAGCAAGAAGUUUAACCCAUCAGAUAAUGUGGCAUUCCAGAUAGAAUGCUUUUAGAUUUGUACUAAUGAAGAAUUUUGUUAUAUGUGUGGUUAGUUACUUGUGUCUGCCAUUUUAAACUUUUAAUCUCUUUUUCUAUUUGUCUUCUCUUAAUCAUCACCAAACAAGGUAGAUUAAGAAAAUGGAUAAAAGUUAGGGACUUACCCUGUGCAUACAUAUCCUUUAGAUGCAGAGGCUGAAGAAAGUGAAGAGAAGGCACCUUACAGUAAAUAUGAUGCUCUUCCCUUGAAUGAUAAGCGAAAACUUUACAAGUGUGGUAAAGACUUUGUCACUUUGGACAAGAUCCAAUCCUGGUCAGAAUCCAUAUCUGGAAAGCAAGGUAGUUAAAUUCAUUGGGUUACAAUCUAUGAACCCUCUACUCCUUCACAUCAGUAUGCAGAUUCUCUAUACUGUUCUCUAUACAUUUCCCUAGGUGCUAACAAGGAGAAUUUAUUUAACAAUCAAGAGCUUCUUUAGUUGGUGAUCAUUUCCUUUAUUCUCAUGACCUUAAUGUUUUAUUCAGGGGUGGUGUUGGAAAGAGAGGUUAGGUUUUAGUUACUCUCAGGGGCCAAAGGUCUGAAUUGUCAAAGUCAUCAUGGUGGUAAACAGUUAUAAAAGUGGAUUCCCACCUGGUAAUUACUUCAUUACCAAAAAUGUCUCUUUCAAGAACCCCAAAAUGUCUUUGGUGAGUUUACAUUAUAUACCAUAUUUGUUCUCAGAAAAUAGGCCUGAGGAACAAGCGUUUGAGGUGAACAAAACCCUAAAUGAAAAAAUUUCACUAUGGCAAGGUGAUAUAACCAAACUAGAGAUUGAUGCCAUCGUAAAUGCAGGUAAGGUUAUAUUAUUUUAUCAUAUAAAUUAUGGUGUUAAUCAAGGAUUUCCAGCUCUGAGAAAAGCCUUAACAUUACACAUGAAAAAAUAUUGUAUUUUUUCACUUGUGCUUGAUAUCAUAAAUCAGCUGCUGAAAAGUCACUUACCUUUUGUGCCACUCAUUCAGGUUGAUGAAUGUACAGUAAAGCCUUCACUAUCCACAAGCCAAGGUUGUUUGUUGGAGUUUUUUCGGAUUAUGGUUAUUAAAACACUGAAAAAUCCAUAUCACUUACAGAUAGUGACAUUAAAACUUUUUUAGAGGGGGAAGAAAACCGAUAUACAGAAAUAAAAACUGAAAGUUACAUAUUCAGUGACUUUGGUAAUGGCAUUUCUCACAGCUGAGAAAGAAAAUCGACAACUGGAAGAUUUGCCACAGGCUGAUUUCUUCUGUUGGUGAGGACCAAUUCAAUAACUGAGAAUUUUUUAUAUUGAAAAUUACACCCAUUGUUUGUUUUUGUAUUGUUUCAGCACAUUUUUUCAUCUUGAGCCUUAGCACAAAUGCACUUAAUGAUUUUUAUUCAGGGAUUGUCGAUUUUCAUUCAUUAAUUAAGUUGACUUAUCUUGCAAGUAAAGGGCUAUUGUGUUUAUAUGGUAAACAAAAUAAUACAUGGUUGCCUGUAGAUAUGAAAUUUCACUUCUUGUGUUCAACUCAACAUCUCACUCGUUCACUGUGCUCACUUCUGAGCUAUCAAGAUAAACACUUAAAGAGAAAUUCCUUAUCUACAUGUGCCCAUGUACUAUUCUCUAUAUAGUAAACUUUAAAAUUCUCCUACUCCAAAGAGUGAAUCUACUUCUUUUAGUAUUAUUGUUGUCACAUGAAUGAUUGUUAGAUGAGGCAAAGUCUGUACUCAGUUUCUAUUGGCCCACUUCGCUGGAGCUGAUCCUAGUUUCCUUGAACCAUGAAGCAACAAGGAGUAUUACUACUCCCCGUUGGAUGGGAUGUUAGUCCAUUGCAAAUUUAACACCCUCCCCCCUCUCUCCUCCCCACCCAUUUGUACCUCUGGGUACAAAUGGGUAAGAGAGGCACUGUGAGACGAGGUGUCUCACCCAAGAAUGCUACACAAUGACUCAGCCAGGUUUCCGACUCAGACUUCUCAACCCAGAGUCCAGUGCACUGAUCAUUAGGCCACUGGGUCUCCUGAUUGUUAUAUCCUUGGUCCAUAUAUGAUUUAGUGCCUGUUUCAUCAUGUAAAUAUGGUUUUUAUGCAUUAUUUUUAUGUGCAGUAUAGGAUACACAUUAUGCAAUACUGAGUAAUUAGGCUAAUGUUACUCUCUUGUAAUGCAGGGCAUAAUUUCAUUUUUUUUUUCUUUUUCAAUAGCAAACAACUCUCUUCUUGGUGGAGGUGGAGGUACUUAAAUGAAGAUGAUUUCUUAUCAAAAAAUGGGUUGCACAAUUAACAUUUUACAAUCCACUACAGAUGUACAAUUGGAUACAGUCCAUCAUCAUGAUGAUGAUGAACAGCAACAACCUUUCUUUUAAAAGAAAAAAAAAAACAUAAUUUAUAAGGAGCAGCCAACAGAUUGUCUAGUACAUAGGAAGCUCUUACUACCUACCACUGCUUAACUCUUUACAACCUAACAUUAGUAUCCUUAGUCUUGAUACUCUUCUCGUACAAUCAUAUGAAUACAUUUAAUAUACAUUAAUAUCUAUGUAUACAUUUAUACAUUUUCUAUGGCACUGACAAGAAGAAAAUUGCAUAACAAUCAAAGCUUUUAACAUUGGCAAUCAUAAUUCUUUUAAUCUCAUGAUCUUAAUGAACAAUUCAGCAGUGUUACUGUAAGGAGAAAUCACAUGCUGGUCACUCCUAGGAUUCAAAGGGUCAAAGAAAACAUUCCACACUGUUUGGAAAGCUAACGCUCCUCCCUUGAAGAGUCUUGUCUUUGGGAGAAACAAAGAGUAGCAGAGAGUGAGCCUGCAUGUAACUUUAAUUCAGUCUUCAAAGAUGUUUAUAUUUUAAAAUCGCCAACAUCUAUUCAUAACAGUUUUAGGUCGCUACUGACAGGAAUUAGUCAAAAAGUUGCCUUAACAGUUUUAAUAAAUGAAUUUGUAGAAUUAUUUCCAUGAGAAGACUUAUUUGGCCAGCCAGCCUCUGACUUUAGUUAAGUGCCUGAAGUCUAGCCCGAAAUUCUACACCCUGUAAGAUAUGGUGUGUUCAUUUGUUUUUCAGUUGAUGGCUGUAUCCAUCGUGCUGCUGGUUCAACUCUUCGAGAUGAAUGUGCAGGUCUCCAUGGCUGCCCUACUGGUGAUGCAAAAAUCUCAUCAGGUUAGUACACUGAGUGUUUCUUAAAGCUUGUUUAGUUACAUAGUUUAUACUAUCCACACAAGUACUGCUCACUACUGUGGCAUUACAUGCAUGUCAGGUGCAUGUUAUUUCCAGGCAUUACGAAUUUUUGCAACAAAUAAAGAAAAACCAUAACAAGAAAUAAGCAAAAAAUUUUUCUCAGUCACAUCCAAGAAGUGGCUAAAAAGGUCCUUUAAGAAACCCCUUGAUAAUAACUGUGGAGUUUAUAACAUGAGUUCUUUUUAAUGAUAUAGUUAUAUUCUUGAAGCCAAUAAAUAUUUUAAAUUGGAUAUUGUUGGGUUCAGGCACCCUAUUAUGAGUGCUGACUGCAACUUCUCCAUUGUAAUGUUGACAUAGAAAUUUUUAAAAGUCUUGAGUUGUGUUUCAAUAAUUAAAAUUAAAUUGAAUGGAUAGUGGCCCACUUAGUAGUGUCACCGCUAAAAGGAAUUUAUUUGUUUAAUAUUUCUUUCUGUAACAGGGCAUAAGUUGCCAGCAAAGUGUGAGUACCAUUCUGCUCAUAAUAACCCUUCUGUAUUAAAUACAUGUACACUGAUUUACUCUUUGCAUAACUGCAAAAAAGUAGUGUGCAAUAAGACAUAGAAAACUUUACAUGCCUGCCUUAUUGCCAUGAAUUCAAUUGAUAAUGGUAAUUGAACUGAGUGGAGUGCAAUUUGGGCGAAAUCAUAUGCGUGUUUUCAAAAUCGAAUGAGCAUGCAGCACAAGUUUGAUUUGUAAUUACAAGUAUGAUUUCAGACCAAAAUUGCACAACAGGAGGUUCAAUUACUACUUUAUUACAUCCAUUUUGAAACUGCCCAAAUACAGGACUUGGUCAGUUCAAAUUGAUGCAAUACUGAGCUGGUUUGAAAUUUAAUUCAUCCAUAUUUUGGGAGGAAAAAAUAAGAGUUUUGGAAACAAAAGUUGCAAAACUUACCACAUGAUAUUCUUUGUCUUUCAUUUUCCUGCAAUUUGAUCGGUUAAUUUAAACAAGCCUUGAAAUCUGAUUGUUUGUUUUGUUUUUAGUGAAGUUUCCUUAUUGGCUGGGAAAAAGAUGCAAUUUAAAGCAAAAAAUGGUGCAAUUUGCAAAUAAAUCGCACCAAUUAGAGCCAAUCAGAUCACAGGGACCACCAGUGAUUUCAAAAUGGGUGUAAUAAAGUCAAAAUCAAAAUAAUUAUCAAGCUUUUGAGGGUUUUGUUUUAGAAGUUUUUAUUCAACAAUCCCUUUGACCACAGCAUGUCAAGGAACCCAGCAAUGAAUCCGUCUGCAGAGUGAAGUCUCAGCUUUGACUGAUCAUUCCUUUGGGGAUUGAUUGCAGAUUAUAAAUAUUUUGGUCCUGACCUCUUCAGUGAAUACUCUUUGUGUCCUUUUUUCCUGAGUAUACAAUAGAAAAUAUAUAUAUUAUAUGUACUUAUGGGGCAACUAAUGUAACAAAAUCAAUUUUUUUCUUCAGACAAUUGUCCCAAUACUGAAAAAAAACCAAAUGAAUUCUCAUACUCCAAAUAAUUUAUUACCUCUUUGUUUUUAUUAUUUUCUACAGAUGUCAUUCAUACUGUUGGGCCAAUUGGUCAGCGAGAGAACCUUCUAAAAAGCUGUUACAGGAAGUGCUUACAACUUGUAAAAAAACAUGAGGUCAAAUCAGUGGUAAGGAAAUAUUCUACUGUACUGUAAAUCAAUUAUUUAGUAAUUAUUUUAUUAAAAUGAGUUUGCUAGGUAACCAAUCUCAUAUCCAACAAGCACAAAUGGAAUAAUUGUUUAAUUAAUUUUUAUUAAUCUUGAACAUUUGGACAUGUUGAGCCAUUUUUAACUCGUGAAUUGCGCGCAUGCGCAAGAGCGAGUUGUAGAUACGAUGUGGGGAAUUGCACUCGCUCGCUCGCUCGCUCGAUUGGUCGAUUCCUGUAAACAUUUUUUCGAUUUUAGGCUUUUGAGUGCAUUUGAUAGUUUUUGGCGAGCAAUAAACAAACGAAAUGGCGACCUUUGUUGCUAAGAAUAGUGGUGGGGUGACAAAGAAGCCAAUGAUAAUCUUAAAAUAAUUUUUUUUCGUUUUAGUUUCAACAAGCGGCGCAACAACCUUCGUUUUUCAUAAAAUUGUAAUUCACAAUCCUUGAACUUGAAAACAAUCCGAAGAUUCAUUGAAAAUAUCACUUACUGCGAAGCGCUCGGAGUUUACAGAUGUUCAAAAGCUUUUUCUGUUACGGCGUGAGAUUGAGGACAAAAUCGAUCAUUACGUUUCGUAUCAUGUGUUUUUCCUGUGAGAAACAACAGAAGAUGCCGGCGACUAACGGAAUUACAAGUUAACACGAAAAUCAAAUAACACCUAAACAAACAAUUUAAGCUACCGAUUUUCAGUGAAUUUUUAAAGAACAAAUUUCUUUUAAGUUUCAAGACAAUUUGAAGAUUCAAAAUACAUAUACGUACUAAAAUGCGAAAGUUAUACACUACAAAGUUGAUAAAUAGGCCUGAAAUGAAAUUCUAUCUUGUUAUUGAUUAUACGUUGCCUAGCACGUGACUAAAAUCUACCCAGGCGGAGAUCCAAAAUGACAGUGGCAGUCUUGGCUUAGUUAUAUCACUCAAAACUCGUUCCCGUUUGUCUCAUUUUAAAAAGAGGGAAUCGUUAAUGUUUUCAUUAAGAAAGUAUUGCCUUGAUUUUCUAAUAUUUCCAAUGAUAGACAGUAAAUUUCACUUUUCAUUCACAUUUACUUCCAACCUUUUCUUUUGAACCAGAAACAGAAAUGAUUUACGUUUAAAACACAUGACAUCAUCCACCUUGUCAAAUGCAAUAGCAUGGUCAUUUCAAUUGUAAUGCCUUCUUAUCCCAACGUUACUUUGUUUCUUUGCUACAUUAGCGAACACUGAACUACUGCUCGUACUCUAGAUAUGACAAUCAACCACAAAAUUCCCUAAAUCAGAUAACAUUAAACAUAAUCCAAAAAAAUCAUGUGUCAAUUCACGAGUUUGCUCACAGAGCACUUUGAUUCAGCUCUGCAACGGUUGGCACAAUGUAUUCCAUAUAUAUAAACAGAGUUGAGUGAACCAAUCAGAACACUAGGAAUGCCAUACUCAGAGUUGAAAAUUUAAUUACAAACUAUCUACUUUCCCCCUUUUUUUCUGUUCUACAUUAAAUGCAUCUUCUUUUUUUGCUGUUUUUAAGGCAUUUUGCUGUAUUUCAACUGGUAUAUAUGGUGAGUUGGUCCAAAGUGGUUGUUUUUAUGUCAUGAUAUCUUUCAACUUGUAGGAUAUAUAUGUUUGUCUAUUCACAAUAUGUCUUUAAGAGAAAGAUUUUUGUUUCUUGUAUCCAAUCUAUAAAAUAAAGUGCAAACAUUUUUUAAAGACAUCAUAGCAGUUUGAUUCAGCCGACCCUCAGAGCAGGUCGGACUGCAAGAUUAUGCAGGCUUUAGGGACCUGAAAAUGUCAGAAGCUUUUUACAGAAAAAAUGUUUGUACAAUAGUAAAAUUUGCGUCAAGAAGUCGUUGAUCUCCACCCAAAACUGCUUCAGAAAGACAUUUUUUUCAUCUUUAAAAACUGCAAGACAAACUGGUAUUACUUCUUUCAUAUCUUUGUGUAGCGAUAAAGCUUCUGUGUUACGAAAGAACUGGUAUUCUAGGGGAGGGGUUACUAACCCACAACUCUAACUUGUGAUGUGGUUUUCCCUUGCCUAAGUCCCCACUUUGUUGUUCUUUGGAUAUUUGUUUCACAGUUAUCCUUUCAGGUUUAACUCCAGAGCCCGGAUCGCAUGCAAAAUGAUUAAUUGAAAAUUCUUGGUUCUUGUACUACCAUGGUUUUUCUGAAAAAUGUAUUUUUGUAAUUAGUAAUUCUCUUUACUGGCUGCCACAUAAUUCCUCGUUAAGAAGGUAGCAGCAUUUGGUCUUACAUCAAGUUAAUACUCAUUAUUUUUGAUAAGCUUGUCCGUUCUCAUAACCUGUUAACAAGCUGGUACAUGUAUUGCAAGGAGAAUUUACUAGUCUGUUUGUAAGCGUACCCUCCCCUCUCCCCCCCCCAGGAGUAACGUUUUUUCUUGGAGGGGGAGGGUACGGCUACGCGUAGCCUAAGAAAUUACACGUUAACCGCCAGUUUACUGUUCUCCUUAUUUACGAUUUUUACAGGGUAUCCUAUCUACGACGCUUCCUGUGUAGCACUAGAAACUGUCCGCACGUGGCUUGAGGAAGACGCUAAUGAUGGAAAAAUAAAUGCUGACCUGGUAAUAUGGGAUAGAGAAAGAUGUUUUUCCUUAUGUCUCGAGCGUGAAAGAAUCGUCCUUGUUGUAUUUUUCUUGUUGUAUUUACUGGCCGGGUCAUUGUCCUGCGAGGGGGUUACCUUGCGAUGGUUUGGCAUCCCAUCUAGGGAAGAGAAGUAAUACACCUAAUCGCUUCAUGCAAUGGAAACCAGAUUAGCCCUAGCUGCAUGGGCCAUUUGGCCUCGAUGCAGGCAUACUGACACUUUCGACGCCGCUGAUCUAGCGGUGUGCAGGACGCGUGUUACAUAAGAAAGUUCGUAAUAGCCUAGCUCACCACACAGUCUUUAUGCUGAGUAGUAGAACAUUGGAGAACAGAAUCCGAAGAUCUGGAGUUAGAUUCCUUAGGGAUACUCAUAGUUCUUUCCGCUUGGUCCCCACGCGCAAAACAAGGCCAAAAAAAUCUCCCUCUUCUUCACGAGUACAUAAGUAACCCCACUUUUUUCAUUACUGACUCCACUUCCUUGUCUGUUUUUCUCUUUCUUAUGCUCUUUUCCAUUUCAUGAACAGUUGAAUUUUUUAGAGAUACUUUCUUAGUUUUAUAUGUCGCCCAAAAUACAUUUUCGAAAUAAUAAACGAUAUACAGGUUUAUUUUAUUUACUUAUCAAGAUCAUUUUUAUUCCAUCAAUUGCAGGUGGAUCGAAUUAUCUUCUGUGUUUUUCUGGCUGGGGACUUGGACGUCUAUAAAUUCCUUUUGCCAAGAUACUUUCCUUUAGAGGUCAAGCAUGAUCAGAUAGGGGACGGCCAGGAGGGGAAAAGUGAUGAAAAAGAAAUAGGAAAACAACGUGAGCAAUCUUCGCCAGAGGAUGAAGAUACUGAAGAGAUGGAAGGUACAGACGACAAUGAAAGCAAAGACGACAAGGAAAGCAAAGACGAAAAGGAAAGCAAAGACGACAAGGAAAGCAAAGACGAAAAGGAAAGCAAAGACGACAAGGAAAGUAAAGACGACAAGGAAAGCAAAGACCACAAGGAAAGUAAAGACCACAAGGAAAGCAAAGACCACAAAGAAAGCAGAGAUCAAGAGAGCGGUGGCGUAGAAGAUGUUGCUGAGAAAGGGGUAGGAAACGAAGAUGAAAAUGAGGAAGAGUUGGCAAGUGGUGAGCAGCAAAGUGACAGCAACGAAGAGAAAAACGGAGAGAAAAAGGAAGAUAAAAAAGAUGUGGGCACGAUAAGUGAGAAGGUCGAAGAGGGAGCGUUUGAAGAAAAUCGUAACACCGAGAGAGAACCCAAAGGUUUGUGGUGACAGUCUUGUUUGCUUUACGCCGCCGUAAAGAGUUUCUAAAUUGACGUUACAAACUGGUAAGGGGUUAACGUUCGAAACGUUCGCUUAGACACCCUCUACAGUGUCAACAAUUUACAUUAUUAACCCAGCUGAUAAGACCAGGUGAUCUUAUGUUACCCCCGACCGACGUACCACCACAGUUUUUCUAGAAACUAAUCCCCGUGAUUCAUUCAUUGUUUGUUUUAGUUUAGAUGAUAUCUCUACGUUAUCUAUCUGUUAUCACACUUUGCCAAAAAGACAUUUGUCUUACCUUUUCUGUGGAGAAAGAGUUAGAAAUUUUAAAGUCGCUUUUGCUGUUACCGUAACGUCAUUCGUAAAAUCUCUAAUACUGUCCAAACAAUGCUCCGUGUUUACGUUACCCUGGCGUUAUACCAUCACUGGACUGGUAUUAUUGUUGUUAACUACAUUGUUUGAGGUGGAAGGGGAAGGCCAGUAAACACAUCUUUGCAUUGAAAAAGAUAUCUUCGAGGGGAGAAUUUCCCCCCCCCCCUUAUUCAGGGAAGGUUUCUAUAACUGUCCGAAGGAUUUUUGAACGCCAUUGUAGAAUACGCUAAGCCACAUUGAAAACCGGUUUGAAUAUCGCUAUCUCUUGUCACAAACUUAGUAUUGCCUCUUACACAGAUAUCUCUACUGACGCGAAGGAACCACAAGAAACUCUGGAAUCACAAGAUGAGCCUAUGAGUGUCGAUAGCGAGAAGAGGGACCAAAAUCGUCCGCCAGAUGGUCAGGACUCAGAAACAAAAAUGGACGAGGAGCUAACUGAAAGCACUAAAGGACAGGAUGGUAAAUCCUCGUGUGCGUCCUGUACAAUAUAAGAAAGAGAUAGUGUAGGAUGAAAAAUAACGUUAUAGAGGAAAACGACAAAUUUAGAACCUAGAUAUAUGAACAUUAUGAUUCGUAUCAGGGCUCUUUCAUACAAGCUGUUCACCAAGUGAUCUCUAUAUUAAGGCUCGAGGUGUAGGUCGAUCAUUGUCAUCUGCUUUGAGGGGAAAUUUCUGCCCAGUUAUUCGUCACGUAAGAAUUUCCUUUAAACGGGCUGUAGUGUUCGGAGGAGAAAUCUCAUUCUCGUUUACCAAGAAACGCAGGAGGGUUUUGGGGUUACUUUCGAUGGACUGGCAUCCCAUCCAGGAGACGGAACAAUGUUCUUAGUCACUUUAGACGGAGACAGAAUAAGCUGCCGUUGGUUGGACCACUUAUAUGGUGUGCAUACUUUACUUGUGACAGGGUAGGCCUAGAUACAAAAAUCCCGAAAAAUGGCUGAAAAAUCUAACUGGAAAUUUCCCAAAGAAAUGCCUAUAAAUCUUAUUUUGUCUUUUCAAAUCUCGAAAUUUCCUCUAAAAAUCCCGAUGUAUUUCCAUUUUUUUUUUCAAAAAUAAUUAGUUAAUUUGCAUAUAUUGCGAGAUUCCGAGAUGUGUGGAAGCUCCUUCAAACUGAUUUAAAGUGUUCAUUUAUUUACUAGACAAUAGAAGUGGUUCGUCAGCUUCGUCGCGUUACAUAUUUCGGUCUCUUUCAAACAAACAAUGACGACAAAAAAUGUUGACAUUUUUGUUUUGAAACAGUGGAAGAAGAACCAAGUAAAUAUGUUUUUAUGCUGUCGAUAAUUUGUUUUACAUUAUCGUCUAAAAUGCCCUAAAAGUCCAAAACUCCUCAACUUUUCUAAAAAUCCCGUUUGACUCUAAAAAUCUUAAAAAACAACCGAUUUUUGUAUCGAGCCCUAUAAUUGAGCCAGCCCGAUUGCGUCCAUGAACACAACGUGUUCUUUUAACCCUUUAACUCCCAUAAGUGACCUAGACAGAAUUUCUUUUUACAAUAUCAAUACAAUAUCAACUAGAUAAUCGAUGAGAACAAAGAAAAAUAUCAAUUUGGGGAUAAUCAAUUGAUCCAAUACUAAAUUCUCCGAACUAACAUUAUAAGAAUUGUAUGGUUGACAGUAAGGAGAAUUACAAAUUUGAGUUGGGAGUUAAAGAGUUAAGAGAUCGACGAGGAAAAGUUUGUGAUUUGCAAUCUGUUGUCA